CCCCUAGCGAUGGAUUUGCAGCCAAGUUACCCUUUUUGCCAUCGGCACAUUUUUUCGCUAAACGGCUGCAAAUAUUUGGCGUGAAACAAAUUUCACAGAAAAAGUUGUACGUGCGCCGCUCACGCCACGGGGCAGAUUUACUAAAACUCCAUCCUUUCUCUUUCAUGUUUUAUUUUUUCAAAUUCAACUAAACUCAUCUGUUAUUUACUAUAUAAAAGUCGCACGGAAAAGUCACUGCAAGAAAAUUCUUUAAAAAAAUGUCAAUUUUUCAAAUGGUCAGUACAGGAAUUGAUGUAGAGGCGGCACUGACCCGCAAUAAGCGCUGAGUGAAAGAAAAUAACAGCCAAGGCUUGAGGGCUACUCAGGGCCAGGCUUCAGGCUUGGGUCAUACCACUGUUGUACAGAGGGAGAUUCCCUGCAUUAAUGCUGAGGAGGAGAGGAAGAAUAGAAAUAAACCAAUAAAAUAAGACAAAAAUGUAAUUUAUUUGAUUAAAAAAACAACUUCAAAGCAAUGUUUCUCUUUCCACCCCCGCUGUGCAGUUGGUUCGGCCCAGGACAGGCGUCUCAGCUUGUUACUAUGGAACCCUCCUAGCUCCGCCCCUUUGUGUCCCCGUACUGGGUUGCUAAGGAAACGUGGGAGGGACCUUCUAGGGAGGAAAAAAAAAGUCUUACGUCAUAGCGGCGCGCAAAGGUGAGAGGUCAGGCGGCUGCCGUGCUGGUUCUGUUCCGGUUCCGACUCACUUCUCGUUAUAUGUGCUGUGCGGCGGCCCGGAGCCUCUCCAUGUGGGUGUCGUGCCGGGGGGAGCAUGACCCGGAGAGCAGUUAGCAGGAAGCGGAGGGCGGCUCCUGGAACGGGCCCCGGGGAGCAGUCGGACUGGGAUCACUCGGCCCAUAAACGCAAGAGGCUCCCCCCGGAGAAGAAAUCGCUUGUGUUCUACCUGAAGUCCAGAGAGCUGAAGCCUCACAAUGACUCCAGUUACCUUCGUCUGUUACGCGGCCACGCAGCUUGCACUCUCCCCGGCAUUCUCUCCGAGAGGGAGUUCCACCUGGGGACCCUCAAUAAAGUCUUCGCCUCUCAGUGGUUAAACCACCGGCAAGUGGUGUGCGGCACCAAGUGCAACACCUUGUUCGUAGUGGACGUACAGACGGGGCAGAUAACGAAGAUUCCGAUCCUGAAGGACCGGGAGCCGCUCAGCGGGAGCCAUCAGAGCUGCGGGAUUCACGCCAUUGAGAUUAACCCUUCGAGGACGUUACUGGCGACCGGAGGGGACAACCCAAACAGCAUUGCCGUGUACAGACUGCCGACACUGGACCCUGUCUGCGUGGGGGAUGGUGGGCACAAUGACUGGAUCUUCUCUAUCGCCUGGAUCAGUGACACCAUGGCUGUGUCAGGUGUCUCCCCGGCGGGUACUGCAGGCUCCCGGGACGGCUCCAUGGCUCUGUGGGAAAUGACCGAGGAGAUUCUGAGUAAGAGCGACUUCCAGCAUGGCCUCUCCCGCGUGCCCGUCUAUGCCCACAUCUCCCACAAAGCCCUGAAGGACAUCCCCAAGGAGAGCAGCAAUCCCGUCAACUGUAAGGUGCGGGCUCUGGCCUUCAACAGCAAGAACAAGGAACUGGGGGCCGUGUCUCUCGACGGCUUCUUCCACCUCUGGAAAGCAGAACUGACACUCGCCAAGCUGCUCUCCACCAAGCUGCCGUACUGCCGGGAGAACGUGUGCCUGGCCUACGGGCUGGAGUGGUCGCUCUACGCUGUCGGCUCCCAGGCCCACGUCUCCUUCCUGGACCCGCGGCAGCCGCCCCAGUGUGCCAAGUCUGUGUACUGCCGGGAGCAGGGCAGCGGGAUUCGCUCCGUCAGUUUCUACGAACACAUCGUCACCGUGGGAACCGGCCAGGGGGCGCUGCUCUUUUAUGACAUCCGAGCGCAAAGGUUUCUGGAAGAUUCGACGGGAAGUUGCCGGAAUUCCAAGUACAAAGGGGAUUUGCUGAAGCUCAGCACCGGGAAAGGCUGGCUGAAUCACAAUGAGAUGUGGAUGAAUUACUUCUCCGACAUCGACUGCUGCCCCAACGCCGUUUACACUCACUGUUACGACUCCUCCGGAACCAAACUCUUUGUGGCAGGGGGGCCCUUACCUACCGGUCUCCAUGGCAACUACGCAGGCCUGUGGAGCUAAAUGGGACCCUCUGCUCCACCUCCUUUUCUCUCACCUGAACCAGAAGAGAAAGUUUCUCCUUUAUUCCCCGUUUCUAUCCGGAAGUCGUCCGUCGGCCAAAUCUUAAGUCCGAGCUUUUUACCCUGUCACUUCCUCCGUUUUUACCGUUCUCGCCAACAGUUUUUUUUUUUUUUUAUUUAAUGAUUUUGAGAGCAGAACUCGCCAUUUAUUUUUGUUGUUCUGUUGCCAGAUCCCCCUGCUUGGGAUCCAUUAUACAGGCUCCUCUGUAUUUCCCAUCAGCCAUUCCACUCUCAGCCGCCGCCCCCUUCAUAUCAACCUAAAAACCUUUUUUAACUUACCCUUGGAUUUUUAUUCUUGCCUCGGGCAAGUGGCAGCCGAGGGCUCGGAGGCCUCUCAUUGGUGUCGCUACACAGACUGCAGAGUGUUUCCCACCAAUCGGACAGAACCAGAUUUUCCGUGAAAGUCUGGGGGGAAUAUUGCGUGUACGUGCGCGGCGACUACUCGUUUGUGUGAAGUCAUUGCGGUGAAAAACUGUCGUUAACGUUAUUGGCAAAGUUGAAAAAAAAAAAAGGAAAAAAAAGCUCUUUAUUCUUUCGGGUCCGGCGUCUGGGCCCGGUUUUAGCAUUUUUUUAAAUGUAAAGGAUUCUAAUGGCACUGUAUAUUAAAUCUACAAUAAACCCAAA